ACAAGGAAAGUCCUACAAACAUAUUUAAAUGAUAACCCAUUCUAACAUAACCGCUGCAACGCGCUGUAAGAGGGUGGCCUCCGGAUAAUACCAAAAUGUCUUCACCUCACAACAUGGACUUGGCAACACCAUCCAGCUCGAUGUCGGAACAAUCGGCAUCGGAGGGAGAGAAGACUGAUACAACCAAACUUAGCCCAACAGAAUGUCUGGAGAGUGAAACUCAAGUGCCUGGGACCUCGAGUGAGGAGGAGGUAGUGGUGGAAGUGAAGGCGACGGCAAGUCCAUCUAAGAACAGUGAGGGGGAAGUGGAAGAAGAGGGUGGGGAGGAGGACAGUGAAGAAGAAGUGGAUGAUGAUUGGCUAUGGAGUGGAACUGGAGUGAGUGAUGAUGACGUUUCUGAACAGGCAACGUUUGUUGUGUCCUCACAGAAUCCCCCUUCAAAUAGAGUAGGUGAAAUCGAGGAGCUAAGAGCGGGCCUUGCUCGUAAAAGAAAACUUGAACACCUAGCAGAAGCUCCAAAUGGAUUACCAUGUAAAAAAUUAUUUCCAGAAGACAAGACUGCUGUAUCUAGUGUAAAAAAGAAACCAAAUGAAAACCCUUCAGGAGAAAAAACAAGACAUCAACGAAGUGUAAUUCCAUCCAAAGAUAAUCCACCAGUAGAAAUAACCGAUUGGCUUAAUAAAUUCAAGACGUGGUCUAAUGCGGAGAGGCUUCUAGCCAUUGAUGGUCUCAUUGAACUAUGUGAACCAACGCAAGUCAGGCAUAUGAUGCAGCUCAUCGAGCCUCAGUUCCAAAGGGAUUUCAUCUCACUCCUUCCUAAAGAGCUGGCUCUAUACGUGUUGUCGUUCCUGGAGCCGCGUGAUCUGCUGAGAGCAGCACAGACUUGUACCAGCUGGAGAUUCCUCUCUGAGGACAACCUGCUGUGGAGAGUCAAGUGCAGAGAGGCCGGUGUAGCCAUGGACAGUCAGACAAGCAAGAGAAUGCGCCACCGUCAACCCAACGCUAACAACCCUGCAUCACCUUGGAAGGCUGCCUUCAUGAGACAUCAUCGGAUAGAGAUGAACUGGAGGGUAAAGCCGAUUAGACCACCUAAGAUCCUGAAAGGUCACGAUGAUCACGUCAUUACAUGUCUUCAGUUCUCCGGCAAUAGGAUUGUCUCAGGAUCCGAUGAUAAUACGCUUAAAGUUUGGUCUGCAACAACGGGUAAGUGUUUGCGGACACUGGUGGGACACACCGGUGGAGUAUGGUCUUCUCAGAUGUCUGGAAGCAUCAUCAUCAGCGGCAGCACCGACAGAACGCUCAAGGUGUGGAACGCUGAGACUGGAGUGUGCCUUCACACGCUUUACGGCCACACGUCCACUGUACGCUGUAUGCAUCUGCAUGGCAAAAAAGUCGUGAGUGGUUCAAGAGACGCUACACUGAGGGUGUGGCACAUAGAGAGUGGGGAGUGUCUACAUGUACUGGUAGGCCACCUAGCAGCUGUACGAUGUGUGCAGUACGACGGUAGACUGGUAGUGUCUGGUGCGUACGACUACAUGGUCAAAGUGUGGAACCCGGAGAGAGAAGAAUGCCUGCAUACGCUACAAGGGCACACCAACAGGGUGUAUUCUCUCCAGUUUGACGGAGUGCACGUGGUGAGUGGCUCGCUGGACACCAGUAUCAGAGUGUGGGAGGUGGAGACGGGAGCUUGUAAGCACACUCUGAUGGGUCACCAGUCGCUGACGUCGGGUAUGGAGCUGCGGAACAACAUUCUGGUGUCGGGCAACGCAGACUCCACUGUCAAGGUGUGGGACAUCCUCACUGGGCAGUGUCUGCAGACUUUGUCAGGGCCGAUGAAACACCAGUCAGCUGUUACUUGUCUCCAGUUCAACAAUCGUUUUGUGAUCACGUCUUCAGAUGAUGGGACUGUCAAACUGUGGGAUGUGCGAACAGGUGAGUUUAUCCGCAACCUAGUGGCGCUCGGCAGUGGUGGCAGCGGAGGUGUCGUAUGGCGUAUCCGAGCCAACGAGACUAAACUCGUCUGUGCCGUCGGCAGCAGGAACGGCACCGAGGAGACCAAACUGUUAGUUUUAGAUUUUGAUGUAGAGGUGAAAUGAAACAAAGCCAAAUUACCUCAGAAAGGAGAGUGCCAGUAUUUAUCAUACCUCAAACUUUGCAAGUCGGAACCUGUUGUUGCGUUUGUGUUCAGCGACUUACGAGUUUCUGUAACACUAUGUGGUAGUACUUUUGUAGUGUUGUGAUAUUUAUUUUAUAUAAACGCUGUAAAAAGUAUAUGGUUUUUGCAGAUUAGCGUAAAUUAUACACUUGUACUCAAUAUUUUUAUGGAAUCUUGUCUUUUCAAUCUACCCUGGGAUGUAUGGUUUUCAGUAUGUAUGCUAUAAGCUUAGGUUAAACCUUAUGUCUUUUGAAGAUAUCAUGCUCUAUCUUUCAUCCAACUCAUAUCUUAUAUCAGAGGUUCCUAAAUUUUAGUGAUUCUAGUGGCUUCUUGAAUAAGACUUUUAAUGCUAUGAAUGUUUCUUCUAACUAGACAGGACUGUUUAUGCAGGGUGUUCAAAAAAAUUGGGGACAUAAUUUUGGUAGUGAUACCUUGGGUCAUAAUAAAGAGAAAAUCACGAAUACAACUUUUUCCAAAAUCGCUUUGUUAACCAGAUAUCCGCCAUUUUGUAUUAUAAUUAUUAUACAAUAAUUACACAACUAAAAUACAAUAAUUACAAACUAUUCGCUUUUUCUAAGGUAGUUGUCCAAAAUCACUAUUUACUUCUUAAAUUUUGUAUAUGCUCACUUGAGUUUUUGGGCCUUUGAUAUAAUAUGUGAGUUGGAAUCCUGAUGAAAUAUUCUUAAGUCUAUGCUUAUUUAAUAUGCCAAGGCUUUUUUUGUUACAAACUCUACUUAUAUUUUUCCACCUGACACGAUUUUGGUGUUGUUUACAUGCUCAAUAUAAAUUUAUUUAUGCCAGAACUCCAAAAUAAUGGUCAGAACUUAUAAUGGUCUAAGAUGAAGUAACAGUUAAUAAUAUUUUGUACCUUGCCAUGUUGUAUGAAUCCUAUUCUGUUUAGUUGUAGCUCACUAUAAAAACAUAAAUAGUUUACAAUAACCGGCUAGUGUUGUAAAACUAUUACUUGAUUGCAAAAAAAUGUUUUAGUUAGUUUUUAAUUAAGGCUCAAAACUUUGUCUAUAGCUUGAAAACGGUUUCCGUUUAAGAUCACUAUUUAUUUUUUCUUUACACCCUUUGUUGAUGAUAGUUUAUUCUAAAACAUUAUAUUUUCCAAAAAUUAUCUGUCAGUUUAUAGCUUGCAAAGUACACUGACAGCUUAAACGGGAUUGAAGAGUAAGGGUGUGAAAAUCACAAUUUGAACAUGUUUGUUUAUGAUAUUAGACUUAAAAUCGAGUUUUCCUAUUAUUAAAAGGGUCCAGAAUUUGGCCUGGUUUAUAUUUUGCUUAACCAUGGAUGAAUUAAAUUAAGUAGCACUGCUUUGACAGCUAUUCUAUGGUUUUAAGUUGUUAUCUUAAACUUGGAAUUGAUUUCUACAGUUGUUUCUUCAAUCCAGUGAUAACUCUCGUAAACAGAUAAAACAAAUUUUCUGUGAAAUUAAAUACCUCCUUUUAUAACCUAUUUAGCGCCACUUGUUCUUCAAAUCUACCAUUCAUUUUAAAUUAAAUAUUUUCACCAUGUGUAUUAUAGUUUGAUCUUUAAAAUCACUUGAUAAACUAAAAUAGGGGUUUAAAGGGUGAGAUCAAGAAACACUUCAUUCCUGCUGGUCAGCUAUUAAUUUUAUUUAGGAAAACUAGUAAUUAAUAUUGUUAACUUUAUUAUAUUCAUUGUUGUCAUUGCUAAGCAACCACAGUUCAACAAUCCAUAUAAUAUUGACGUUUGCUUUCUUAUGUUUGUUUGUGGUUAACUGUCUUUAGAAGGUGAAGAGCCUAUGUUUAUAUAACUUAAUUUGUUUUGUUAGUGAAUUUUACCUAUAGGGAGGAAGUUAUUACCGUAGGUGGUAAAUAACCUUACUUCGGGCAUUGAUGCAAAAGAUAUAAAUUUACUGAUUUAUUUGCAUAAAAUGCUUAAACAUUUGAAACUUGUCCUAUAAACAGCCUCCAUAAUUACUGAACAGUAAAUAUAUCUCUAUUAUAAUGUUUAAAAGUCUUAUGUAAUACUGUAUCUCUGAAAAUAAUCAAUACACUUCUUUAGCUGUGUUAAAAAAAAAGUAAUUGAUUACAAAAUUAUGUACUAAGCUUGAAGUUGUGUUGGUAUUUUCUACUCAAUACACAAAUUACUCGUAGCAGUUAAAACUAUUAUUUCAAACUGCAUAGGCUAAAUAAAUGUAUUCUUGUUCGCUCUAGGUUUUGUUUACAACUGGUCUAAGACUAUAUUUUGAAGGUGAUAUAAAGCAGUAGAUUCUUUUGUGUAAUAGUAUAUUGAUUUUUUCAUAAAAUGAAAUCUGGUAUACUGAACUUAUAUAGCGUUUAUUUUGUUUUGAAGCUGUAUGUAUAUAUUUGUUGUAAAGUUUUGUAUUAUCGAUACCUAUUUAAUUGUUUCGCUGUACUUGUUUUAUUUAAGUAUUGUAACAUACUGUAGGUGCAAUAACCAAUUGUUAUUUCUUCAUUGUGUUUAGUUAUAUCACUCACUAUUUAAAUUUUGCUUCCGUUAGCCUAAUAUUAGAGACGGUUCAUUUUUGUGUAGCUUUCUCUUUAUUUAGUUAUAGUCGAAUUGUUUCAUUAUUAUGCUUGAUGUUGAUAAAUCGAGAUUUUAAGUGAAAGAAAAUGUAAUUUAGCACAAGCGUGUAGAUAUUUUACAUUAUAGUUCCUUAAACACACUGAUAAUCCAUUGUAUCGUACGAAUAUCUAAAUUAUUUAUAUAACGAUGAUUAUUGUGUAUUUUUAUACAAAGGAUCGUAGUCGUAAUGCAGGGAGCAUAGUUGAUACCUGACUGUUAAAUAUGCCUCAAUCAUUGGUUCUGGUCAUUCUAUAAAUCUGUAACCGCAUUAUGUUGCUCAGAUUUGUGUUGCGUGAUUUGGACUGAUCUUUGGAGAGGAAAUAUUGCUCAAUUAUCCUUUUGUAAAGUUAUGUGAUGUAAAAGUUUGUGUAGUAAAAUGUUGUUUUCA